AUGGCCAUGGAUUUCGGUCCGGGCACAGCGGUUUUCAUUGAUGGCCCAGCAGGCUCUUGUGAGGUAAUGCUCGACACACAUCGUACUGCUGUAAGGCAGGUACGUAGAAACUCCAAUCUAAUAAAGCAAAUGCCACAGUUUCUAUGAAA